AUGAAAUGCCCAGCUGAGGAGAUGCCCCGCCCAUCAAAACAACACCAAGGAAGGACUCCGGCCGGCUACAGAGCAGAAGCCUUUAACAUGCCGAGCAACUGCCACGAUGCCAUCGAGGAGAAUGCCCCCAGACCCUCUGCCGAGCGACAUAUUCGAAAUACACAACAAAUCAAAUUGGAUCGCGUUCCGCGGCCGUGCUCAUCAACUCACUCUUUCAAAGUUUUCGUACAAUCAUUAUACAUUAAUGGAAUUCAUCACAAAUGA